AUGGUCUGGAUGAACAAGACGGAGACGGAGUUCGCGUUGGUCAAGAACGCCAAGAGUUCGGUCAGAAACUUCAUCGGGAAGAAGAUUGUCCACCCGGUGGCCAACCUCUUAACGGUAACGCUUGGGGUGCCCCCUUCGGAAAUCUAUUCGUCGAGGGAUAGCGCCGGCGGUCGGUCGUCGAGUGGCCCAUGGCGGCUCAGCAACCACGUGCCAGACCCGCGGCUGACCAUACGGUUGAGGUUCUCGACGGACACGGUCGACUUCGAGGGCUGCACGCAGGACGAGUCCAACGCUCUAUUCGCCAUCCUAUCUCCCUACGCUAGAUCGCACCCCGCGAAGGGCGCGAUAAGUGCAUAUGCCAGUGCGCCCCGGAGAUUAUCUCCCCGACCGGCUGCGGCAGCCGUUCGUGGAAACAGCGGUGGUCGCCCCGCACUCGAUGAAGACAGCGAUCCGCUGGAGGCAUCGUACAAGGCCAACCCGAUACCGGUGCAGAACCCGGCUAUCCCCAACGGCGGCGUGCCGAGAAGACAACGCUCCAACCUCAGGGACAUGAUGCAGCAAGGCUCGGAGUACGACAAGUCCCGGGAGGUGUUCCUGGCGGACGACGACCUCGACAACGGGGUCGACGCCGCCGCGGUGGCGUUGAAGCCCUACACCCUGGCGGAGGUCAGCGGGGCCGUGCCGCAGACGCCGUCGUGCUACGUGCACCGGGAAGACGAGAUCACCAGGCUGGCGGAGGCGCUGGGGCCGGGGGGGGGCGCGGGUGUUAUCGGCGGUGCCACGACGGUGAUAUUCGACUCUGUCGCCAACGGGAAAAGCGUGCUCGCUGCGGCGGCGAUGCAAAGACCCCCGAGUGCAGGCGGCGUUCCCAGGAGGCGUGAUCUGGCUGAGGGCUGGGUCACUCCGCCGCGGACAGGCUGCUCCGGAUGA